CUAAGAAGCAGGAUGGCGCAGUGGCCAUGGAGAUGCAGCCCCUGAAGAGCGCGGAGGGUGGGGAGAUGGAGGAGCGGGAGAAGAAGAAAGCCAACGCACCCAAGAAGGAGAAGUCUGUCCUUCAGGGGAAGCUCACAAAGCUAGCGGUGCAGAUCGGGAAAGCAGGGCUGGUGAUGUCCGCCAUCACCGUCAUCAUCCUGGUCCUCUACUUUGUGAUCGAGACAUUUGUUUUGGAAGGCCGGACAUGGCUGGCAGAGUGCACACCAGUCUAUGUGCAAUACUUCGUGAAGUUCUUCAUCAUUGGUGUCACUGUGCUGGUCGUGGCUGUCCCAGAGGGCCUGCCGCUUGCUGUCACCAUCUCCUUAGCUUACUCUGUCAAGAAAAUGAUGAAAGACAACAACCUGGUGCGCCACCUGGAUGCCUGCGAGACCAUGGGCAAUGCCACAGCCAUCUGCUCUGACAAGACGGGCACGCUUACCACCAACCGUAUGACCGUGGUCCAGUCCUACCUAGGAGACACCCACUACAAAGAGAUUCCAGCCCCCAGCGCCCUGACCCCUAAGAUCCUCGACCUGCUGGUCCAUGCCAUCUCCAUCAACAGUGCCUAUACCACCAAAAUACUACCUCCUGAGAAGGAAGGCGCCCUCCCACGCCAGGUGGGCAAUAAGACGGAGUGCGCCCUGCUGGGCUUCAUCUUGGACCUGAGGCGGGACUUUCAGCCCGUGCGCGAGCAGAUCCCGGAAGACAAGCUUUACAAAGUAUACACCUUCAACUCGGUCCGCAAGUCCAUGAGCACAGUCAUCCGCAUGCCCGACGGUGGCUUCCGCCUCUUCAGCAAGGGGGCCUCAGAGAUCCUGCUGAAAAA